AUGGAACAGAACGAUGCCAUUGUUUCCGACAAGGCUCAGCAAACACAAAGUGCUCAGGAGCAAGAGGUCUGGCAUGGGGAUGUCACCUCUAUCGGGAACAGAGAGCCACACUUGAGGAAGGACUUCAAUUUCUUCCGCCUUCUGGCUCUAGGAUACAACACUUCUAAUAGUUGGUUGGCAAUUGCCACCAGCCUGGCUCUCGCUGUAUCCUCGGGGGGUACAGUUACCCUGCUAUUUGGGAUCAUAUGUGUGGCCUUCACAAUGGGUUGCACAGGUCUCAGCAUAGCGGAACUUGCCAAUGUCUAUCCAACAGUGGGGGGCCAAUAUCACUUCACCUCCAUACUCUCACCCUCGCGACAUAGCAGGUGGCUAUCAUAUGCUUGUGGGUGGAUAGGGGUUUGUUCUUGGAUAGCCAUUGCAGCGUCUGUUGGGUUAAUAAUCGCGCAAUGCGUACUUGCAAUGGCUAUCUACUUUAACCCGACCUUUGAUGCCAAAGAAUGGCAUUACUUCCUAGUGUACCAAGUGGUUCACCUCAUCGCCAUCGCUUUCAACGUGUUCCUGGUAAACAAGGUCGCGUGGAUCUAUACCUGCGGUUUCAUCCUCUCGCUGUCUGCUUAUUUCGUGAUAUCAAUUGUCUGUCCCGUCCGUGCUCCAGCCCAUCUAGAUUCAAGAGAGAUUUGGACUAUGUUUACCAACAGCUCUGCUGGAUGGUCUGAUGGGGUUUGCUUUUUGGCCGGGCUAUCGACUCCGUCUUACAUGCUUAUCGGACUCGAUUCCACUCUUCACCUUGCCGAUGAAUGUCAUCAACCUGCUCGUAUUAUCCCAAAAGCAAUCGUGACAACAGUUAUUGUGGGGUUUGUGACUGCAUUUACUUUUGCAGUAGCUUUAUGUUAUAGUCUGACGGAUCUUGAAGCGUUAUUAACCACAUCCACAAACUUUCCAGUGUAUAUUCUAUGGAAACAAGCCACUUCAUCUAUAAUCUGCGCUACGAUCUUUAUGGUCGCUCUAUUGGUGAUUAUGCUUAUAGCGUUAAACGGCAUGCAUCAAACAGCUUCUCGCUUAACCUGGUCCUUCGCUUGUGACGAUGCCUUGAUUUUAGCCCGGUAUUUCAACCGGAUCCACCCAGAUUUAGAGGUUCCGGUUAAUGCAUUGCUGCUAAAUUACGCGGCAUGCUUUCUGCUGGGUAUUCUCUAUCUCGUGUCAAGCUCAGGUAAAGUCACCUCAGCUAAUGAUCCUUCUUUCAAAUCGUUUAAUUUAAUACAUUCCCUCCCUCCAGCCUUUAAUGCGUUCAUCGGAACCAGUAUUAUCCUUUCUACGGUGUCAAUUGGGAUACCAAUUUCUCUUCUCCUUUACCAGGGCCGUAGCGCAGAAUACCUACCGGCAACCCGCACCUUUCGUCUUCCGUCUCCUAUCGGAUUCUUCUGUAAUUCGAUUGCAGUCGUAUGGUCUAUUAUUGUGACAAUUUUCUUCUGCUUCCCCACUGCCUUUCCUGUGACAGCCUCGAAUAUGAAUUAUGCAUCCGCCGUACUGGGCAUAGUUUUGAUGCUAGGUGUGCUAAACUGGUUUCUUUCCGCCAGAACGGAAUAUCAGGGACCUCGAUUGGAGAUUGUUGGGUCGAUUGGAGAUUGUUGA